UGUGAAACGGAGGAGAAACUGCACGGAACACGAGAGGAUAUCAGCAACCGAGUUGCAAUGACGGAGCCAACGGCCGCAGAGAGGCAAAAGAAGAAAGGGCUUCCCACAGGUCCGAGUGGGCGAAGAGCUCUCCCACCCAAUGUCUCCAACGCGGAAGAAGAUGAAGUUCCUGAAAUGGAGACGAUUGGCAUCGUGCCAAGAGGAUAUAAGCCGCAAGAUGUUCUGGAAGUGCAGGGCGUCCAUUUGUUCAACCGCGAAGAUGACAUUAAUAAGAGAGAACACCACACGGAGCGAUACUACAACCUUAAGCUGAUUGUGCGCCGAGGGCAGCCCUUCCACAUCCAACUCUCAUUCAACCGUCCGUACAAUCCAGAAAAAGACCAAUUCUGGAUUGAGUACAUUAUAGGGCGAUAUCCACAACAAAGCAAAGGCACAUAUAUCAUCGUCCCUUUGGUUCAAGAGCUGGAAAGUGGCAAAUGGGGUGCUAAGAUCACUCACAGGGAUGGAAGUACUGUUGGCCUGAAUAUCAUGUCAGCUGCUGACUGCAUUGUGGGGAAAUUCCGCAUGUAUGUCGCCGUCUUGACUCCGAUUGGUAUUCUCAGGACAAGGAGAAACCCAGAAACAGAUACGUACAUCCUGUUCAACCCCUGGUGUGCAGAGGAUGCUGUGUUUCUGGAUGAUGAAAAGCAAAGGCAAGAGUAUGUCCUGAAUGACCUUGGGGUUAUUUUCUAUGGAGAUCCUAAUAGUAUAAGAUCCAGAAGUUGGAAUUAUGGCCAGUUUGAAGAAGGUGUUUUGGAUGCAUGCCUAUACCUGAUGGACAGAGCACAGUUGGAUCUCUCAGGCCGAGGGAAUCCAGUCAAAAUCAGUCGUGUUGGCUCUGCAGUGAUCAAUUCUAAAGAUGAUGACGGCGUGGUGUAUGGCUCCUGGAACAGCAUUUAUGAAUAUGGAGUGCCACCCUCCUCUUGGACUGGAAGUGUAGACAUUCUGUUGGAAUAUCAUAGUUCCAAAGAACCGGUGCGGUAUGGUCAGUGCUGGGUCUUUGCCGGAGUCUUCAACACUUUUUUGAGGUGCAUAGGAAUUCCUGCCAGGGUUGUCACCAACUAUUCCUCAGCCCACGAUAACGAUGCCAAUUUGCAGCUGGAUGUCUUUGUUGAUGAAGAUGGAAAGGUGGAUUCCAGACUCACAAAAGACUCGAUCUGGAACUACCAUUGCUGGAAUGAGGCUUGGAUGAGCAGACCAGACCUCCCUGUAGGUUUUGGAGGCUGGCAAGCUGUGGACAGCACCCCUCAAGAAAACAGUGAUGGCAUGUAUCGGUGUGGUCCGGCUUCCGUUCAAGCCAUUAAGCAUGGCCAUGUCUGCUUCCAGUUUGAUGCACCUUUCGUUUUUGCAGAGGUGAACAGUGAUGUUGUAUACUCAAAAGCAAUGAAAAAUGGAAGUAAGGUGGUUCAACAUGUUGACAAGACCCAAAUUGGGAAAUUAAUCGUGACCAAAGAAGAGGGCGGGGAUAAAGUGAGGGACAUUACUGAGCUCUACAAAUUCAAAGAAGGCACAGAUGAAGAACGACUGGCCCUGGAGACUGCCCUGAUGUAUGGUGUUAAAAAAUCUCACACCCAGGAUGUUGUGUCUACUGCAGAGGUUGACAUGGACUUUUCAGUGGAAGACUCAACACUUGGUAGUGACAUCAAUGUUAACAUUACUUUUCGAAACAACACCCCAAAUCUGUACACUGCCACAUCUUACCUUUCUGGCAACAUUGUGUUCUAUACUGGAGUCCCAAAGGCUGAAUUCAAGAACCACAGUUUUGAUGUGAAACUGGAACCCAUGAAAGCUCAAACUGUCGAGGUGCUAAUCAAGUCGGGCGAGUACAUGAGCCAGUUGCUGGAGCAAGCCUCCCUGCAUUUCUUUGUCACAGCCCGUGUCAAAGAAACGGAGAAGAUCCUGGCCAGGCAGAAGAGCACUGUGUUGAAAAUACCCCAGCUGCUCCUUAAGGUUCCUGGGGAAAAGGUAGUUGGCAAGGAAAUGGCAGUGAUAGUGGAAUUUGCCAACCCAUUGAAACAGAAACUCACUGACGUCUGGGUCCGACUUGAUGGGCCUGGUCUACUGAAACCAACCACAAAGCUGUUUAGAGAAGUUCCAAGGAAUUCAACCUUGACCUGGGAAGAAAAAUGUGUUCCAAAGCGGGCCGGCCCCCGAAAGCUGAUUGCAAGUUUGAAUUGCGAUGCUCUCCGACAUGUCUAUGGCGAGCUGGAUGUUAAUAUUGAAAAUGCUGUGUGAAAGGUUUUCUCCUUCUUCUUUCAUCCUUACCCCCACCCCCACCCUGCCCCAUACAUUGUAUUUCAGAAAUUUAGUUACCGGGAAACAUAAAGUAGAAGUAUCUACACUAAUCCGAAUUAAUUCAUAAUCCAAAUGUUGUAUGUAUACAUUGUGUGUGGCUGCUUGGAUGGUUACUCUUAUCUUGCGGUUUCCUUUUGAAAAAGCUAUCCUACCAAAACCCUAAAACCACACUCUUUAAACAACCAGGCUUUUAAAAGGGUGGGUGGCAACAACACUCACUGAGAAAUGAUCUUGCGCCAACAUAACUUAAGAUGGAAAAGAGCAGCUCAAUAGCGAAAUGGGUCUCUUCCACACAUGUGCCCAUGCUUUUCAGGCAAGAAAUGUGGUGGUUAAUUUCAUUUGCAUCCUGCCGGUACUCCAAGGAGUUCAGGGUUAGAAAUAUGGUCCCCUCCCACAUUUUAUUUAGGUUAGACUGAGGGGUCAUGAUGUGCCAAGGUCACCCAGUGAGCUUUAUGGCCUAGCCUAGUAAAAGGCCUCCUGCAUUCUAUUCCAACUCUCUAGCCGUAACUGUCAUAGCUUCAUGCACACUGUUUUUUUUAUGCCCAGAUCUGGCACUCAAUUGCCUAUACAUAUCCAAUGAUGGAAGGUAACUGAACAUCACCACCAGAGGUGUCAGUUUGUGAGGGUGAUUAAGGGGCCAACAUCAUGCACGUGUCAUCAGGACAUCAGGAGCAGAUGGGGCGGAGCCAAAUGCAGUGACUACAUGGCUCAAUGGCCGGGGGCUCCACCUCCUUGGUGCCGCCACCAGCGGCAGGCUGCUUCGACCCACGGCAGGAGGAGGAGGUGAAGGAGAAGGAGCCGGCCACUGGAGCCACUGCACUUUUGGGAUGGAGGAGGGCUGACCCCCUGCCCCAAAAAUAUAGGGGCUCCCAAAAGGGCACAGCCCCCAGGAUCCAGUGCCCCCGAUCUCCACCCAUGAAGAGAAUGUAUUUCAAAGUGCAGAAAAUUAUUCAAGAUUAGAUUAAUUUAGGGCAAUGAACCAGUGGGCCAUAUUCUCCCUGCUUGUUCAUAUGUAAUUAUGGCCUCUUACAUUAAAGCCAGGACAAUUUUAAGUGGUUGCGGUCUCUGGGGUACUUUGAACUUUAAUUUUAAUUAAGGCUUGAUAUUUUAUAUUUUUAAAAAUUCUGCCAAGAGUAAUAAAAUGGCCUAAGUAGAUAUUAUCCCGGAACAAGCUUGCCCGAGCACAAAUUUGGACUUGAUGCCACAAACAAAUUUCGAAUACUUCUUGGCACCUUCAUGUCCAAUACAUUUCCUCUGAACAUUUUGAAAAUGGUGGUCAGUGUAAGGACAUCACAAACUGCAGGGGGGUGGGGUCAGGGGAGUCAUGCAAAUGCUUUAACACCUCACCAGACCAUAGUUUUUCUAGAUAGCCACUUUGAGAAAUGACUGAGUGUAGCAGGUCAGAUCUGAAAUAUGCAUCCCUCACGCUGGCCUGCCAGGAUAUUCUGUUGCAAUGACCACUUGGGCCAUCCUCCUGUCCCUAACAUGGCUGCCAUUCCAUGGACCAACAUAUGUGGCUGCAUUGACAGAGAGUCUGGGGCUGAAUUAAAACAUUGUGUGGGUGCACUGAGACCCCUGUAUUCAUUCCUGCAAGCUGCUGCUUCAAUGAGUUAGGAGAUAAGAUUGAAGUUGUUAUUAAGCCACGUCAGACAGAUCUUUGAUACGCCAUGAGUCUCUUUCCUGAAAUAUUAUCUAACUAAAAUGUGUGCUGUUGAUGAACUGCAUUUGCUUAGAAGCUCUGAUUCAUGUUGCUAUAAUGAGCUGUAUCACCUGCUUUCCAUUUGUCUGAAGGACAGCCUUGUGAGGCUCAAAAGCUCACAUUCCUUCCAGUUUAUCAACCAAAAUGUAUGCAAUAAAAGAAUGAAUUUUCCUGGA